AUGGAAGACAAUGCCGGCCCAGUGACCGAGUGUGAGCGAUCGACCGGCGCAUGCGCGAGGAGCAAGCCUCCCGCCGGCUCAGACAGUCAGCCACCGCGCCGCGAGCGAAGUGCGCGUCUCCACAAUCGCGUACCAAUACCAUCUCGUAUACUGAACAACCAGUGGUCAUCGCUACAUAUUAUAUACCCCCAUGCGUUCUGUUUACAAUACCACAUUAUCACGUGCAUCUGGAUGUACUGGCACAUGCUAGACGCACGUGAACCGACCACCGUUUCACUCCACAAACGUUUCUGGUGCGUAUUUUUAUGUACUUUAGUGGUUUCUUAUUUUCUAGCAGAUAAAGGUGUACUGUCAAUAUGA